CACCUCCCCGUCUCCCUCCGGAUGGAACAACCCGCCCCGUACCGAUUGGAUGGCUGCCCGCAGAGCCCCGCCCUCUCCCGCUCGUCGGGGGAACCCCACCACGACAGAUGACAUCUGGACAGGGAUGACGGGCGACAGGUCUCACCCCCCAAUCACCAUGCGGCCGUGCCGGUUCUUCAUCUUGGUGCAGGAUUUCUCUGGGGGAGGUGGGAGGCAGGUGCCCCGGGGCAGCCUCCUGAGCCACGCGGGCGAGCUCCCCUCCCCGGACUGCGCCUUCUGGGCCAAGCUGCUGGACACGGAGGCCAUGGUGCAGGUGCCGGCCCGGGCUGUGCGGGAGCUGAGCAAAGAGCAAGCCAGGAUGCUGCAGGCCUUGACCAAUGGAGAUGAGCGACUGGAGCUCUUCAGACAGGAGGGGCUGCUGGGCAGGCGGGGGGCCCUGCGCCCGGGGGACCGGGUCCGGGUCCAGAUCACCUCGGCCUCUGGGGAGAAAGUCCGGGGUGUCCUGCGCUACCGAGGACCCAUGGGAGACAGCAAGGAGCAGGCUGGAGUCAUCUUCGGGGUGGAACUGGUGGGAUCAGCGGCUGGGAAGGGUUUCACCGACGGCGCCUUCAGAGGUCAGAAGUUCUUCUCAUGCCGGGAGAACUGCGGGGUUUUUGUGCCUGUGAGCCGGAUUGAGCCAGAUGAGGGGUCCGAGUGCAGCCCCCUGAUGGCUCCCCGGGGCAGCCGCCGGGCAUGCACCAGGCUCCAGCUGGCCGCAGGGGACCCCCUCAAAUCUCCACCCCUGGAGCUCGGCGAUCGGGUCUUCUUCAGGAUGGGUGACAGUGCCCCCAAGGGCACUGUGGUUUUCUGCGACUAUCUGCCAAAGAAGGAGAUGACUGGGGUCUUCGUGGGGAUCUUCCUGGAUCAGCCCGUUGGCUCAUGGGAUGGCAAAUUCAAAGACCAAUCACUCUGCCACCUUCCCUCUCCAGAGUAUGGGAUCCUCCUGCCAAUCGCCAAAGUACAUAAAGAAAAGGCUGAUGAAGGCCCCAAGGCCUUGAGUGAUGACUCCUCCCUAGGGGUCCUCAAUGACCUCCCAUCCCCCUCCUCCAUUCGAUACCCCCCUAGACCGCAAUGGGAGUCCCCUCAUGGCUCUCCCUCUUCCCUGUUGAUGGGGGGCACCGAGGAGCGGGGGGAAGGGGAGGAGGAGGAAGGAGAGGAGGAGGAGUUGGCUUCGCCCCUGCUGGAAAUCAACUCUAUGGUGGAGGUGCACGACCCCCCAAUCUACGGGGUGAUCCGCUGGACUGGGAAGCUGCCGGAUGUGAGGGAGACCAUUGCAGGGCUGGAGCUGGAGGAGCCGCUGCCCUCGGGCUGCACGGACGGGAUCUACCGAGGGAUGCGAUACUUCCAGUGCCCCCCUGGCAAGGCUCUCUUCAUCAAGCUACGCCACUGUCGGCCCGAUGCCCGCUUUGGGGCGCCCCAGCCCCCCGAGAACCCUGUGCUGCGCUGCAACUCACUGGCUUUCAGGGUCUACGCCAGCGAGCGGGUGCCAGAGGACACCCCCCCGGGGCUGGGUGAAGAGGGGGGUCAGCGCCUGAUAGGCUGGAAGAAGGGGAUCCAGGGCCAUUGCAACUCCUGCUACCUCGACGCCACCCUCUUCUGCAUGUUUGCCUUCAGCUCCGUGCUGGACUCGCUGCUGCUGCGCCCCGCGGACAAGAACGACGGGGCAUCUUACGAGGAGACCCGGGACCUGCUGAGAACCGAGAUUGUUAACCCCCUGCGCAAACAUGGCUACGUCUGCGCCACCAAGGUGAUGUCCCUGCGGCGGGUGCUGGAGGCGGCUGGACACUCCCCGGGCUUCACCAGCGAGGAGAAAGACCCCGAGGAGUUCCUCACCCUGCUGUUCCGGGUGCUGAAGGUGGAGCCCCUCUUUAAGAUCCGGUCGGCGGACAAGGACCCCCAGGGCUGCAUAUUUUACCAGAUCUUCAUGGAGGGGAGUGCAGGGGGGGCAAGGCGGGGGGUCCCCACAGUGCAGCAGCUGCUGGAAGGGUCACUGGCUGCUGGGGACCUCAAGUUCACUGAGGCCCCCUCCUCCUCAUCCUUACAGAUGCCCCGCAAUGGCAAAGGAACUACAAGGCCUUUGCAGCAUCUGCCUAGCCUGGAGCUGGACCUUACUGACCUGCUGGAGGACACCCCCCGGGAGUGCUGCAUCUGCCAGGCUCUGGCGCUGAGCGAAUGCCCCCAGUGCUUCGGGGACCCCAGCAUCGGGGCAGGGAGCACCCGUCAGUACUGCGCUCUCUGCUGCCAGCAGGUUCACCGUCACCGCGCCCGGCGCUCCCACCGCCCCCGCGCCCUGUGCCUACCCCCAGAACUGGAGCACCUGCCGCCCCCACCUGGCCCCCUGCCCCGCCAGACUAUGCAGCUCUACGCCACCCUCUGCAUUCAGACCAGCCACUACGUGGCCUUCGCCCGCCACGGCCCACACCGCGGCCAAUGGCUCUUCUUUGACAGCAUGGCCGACCGCCAGGGUGGCCAGAAUGGCUUCAACAUCCCGCAGGUCACACCUUGCCCGGAGGUGGCUGACUACCUGGAGAUGAGCCCGGAGGAGCUCCAGGUGCUGGACCCCAAGUGCCUGCCCCCCUGUGCCCGACGCCUGCUCUGCGAUGCCUACAUGUGCCUCUACCACAGCCCCACCCUUGGGCUCUACAAAUAGUCUCUCCCCUGGGGUGGAGGAAUACGGCGAUUGAGGAGAGGGCAACGGGGCUGCUGCCCAAUGAGGGGACUUUCUUUGCACCGUGAGUGCCCCUUUAAGAAUCAGCUGGAAACUACUUGGACCUAUAGCUCAACCUUGGUAUCCUUAUGCCCCCUAAAAGGGCUGGAUCAGAGCUGGUGCCCCCUGGAGGGGAAAGGUCCUGUGUCCCAUUCCCCUCCCUUUGAGCCAGCUGAUCCCACAUCCUGGGGCCAGAUGGGAGCUGGCGCCGCCUAGAGGGAAAGGCCCCAUGUCCCAUUCCCCACCCCCUGAGCCAGCCGGUCCCCCAUCCUGGGGCCAGAUGGGAGCCCAUGGCCAGUAGGUGGUGAUGGCCCCAUUGUGACACUGCCAUUAAAAGCGGACAGGACUGAAAAAUCCCACUGCCAUGGGCCUCAACCAAACCAGCUUUAAGACUCAUCCUUUGCAAACCUGCCUGAGUAACCUGGUGACUUAUGGUAUCACGGCGCCAAGGAGAACCAGACCUCCCCGGUCUUUAUCUCAGCAGCUGGGCUCCAGUGCCACUUUGCUGUAGAGGCUUGCUGCACUGAGCGGCCGCUGGAGACAUCCUGGAGGGCUUCCAGGAGAGAGGAGGGGCUAUGUGGAUAUCCCUGGACAAGGCCGGAGCUUGGCUGGAAUCCGGGGUGCAAUUCUGGGCCCCAGCCGUUCCAGAAGGAGGGAUUUAAACUGGAGCAGGUGCCGAGAAGGGACGACCAGGGGGACAGAGUUGGGCUGACGGGAGGGGAGUGAAAGAGCUGGGCUUGUUUAGUCUAGCAAAGAGCCAGCCGAGAGGGGAUCUGUCUGCUGUCUAUAAAUACAUCAGGCCGGGGGCGGUCUAAAUACCAGGGAGGGUGAAGAGCUAUUGAAGCUAAAGGACAAUGUUGGCAUGAGAACAAAUAGCUGCAAACGGGCCAUUAACCAACUCCAGCUGGAAAGUAGGAGGAGGGUUCUCACCCCCAGAGGGGUGAGGUGCUGGAAUGGCCUCCAAUAGGAGGUGUGAGGGCAAAUAAUCAAAAAGUUUAAGGCUGAGCUAGGCAAAUGCAUGAGCGCGAUUGUGUGAUGGGGAAGGAACCUUGGAGCCAAUUGUCCUCUGUUCCUAAUGGUCGUGCUUCAGGGUUCCAGCCAGCCACCGGUAGGGGUCAGGAAGGGAUUUCCCACCCAGGGAAGUUAUUUUUGAAUCACCUUCCUCAGAAGCCCCAGGGAUGGCCGCUUCUGGAGAGGGGCCAUUGGACAGGGAGGGCUAAGGUCUGAGGUGGCUCUGAGUAUCCUCCCUCUCAGAUGCUCGUCUGGCUGGUUUUUGCUCAUAGGCCUGGAGUCUCGCUGGUUGCCGUACAUGGGACAGGGAAGCAAUUUUCCCUUAGCGGAGCUUGGCAGGGUCCUGCGGGAGGUCUGUCUCCCUCUGCACCAUGUGGGUGUGGGUCACUUGCCAAGAUUAGCUGGAUUCCAUGAGGUGGGCUUGGGCAUUGGGCACUAAUUGGAGAAGUGGGGGAUUAAACUCCAGCUCUGGAUAGACAAGCUUGAAGAGCAACCUGACUUUGCGCCGAUUCUGUUCCCAGAGUGGAUUGCGAUUCACCCCCCAGAGCUACUAGCUUCCAUGGCCCUUAGUGAUGAGGAAGGUCGCAAGGAGCGGCAGGAAGUUUCACUACCCCCCGCCAGAUUGCUCCUGCCACCCCUCAAAAGACCCUCACUUUGUGUGGGCCUGCUACUGGCUCUGUGUCACGCCCAGGGUUUGGGUGGUCAGGGCUGGUGCCAGAGAGAUCGCAGACCUUAGUUUGGGGUCUAAGAGCGAUAUCCUGAGCUGGGGACCAGGAUCAGGGGCAAAAGUUGGUGGCAAAGCCCAAGUACCGAUGCUAGGGGUCAGGACUGGAGUUGCCCUUUCAGGCCCGGGCUGGGGUCAGCAGACUGAACCGAGAGAUAGGUCCAUCUCUGGCUGGCUUCCUUGCACAGCCACUUUCUGGAACACCUCCUGGGUUCAAAUAGAGCAUCUGGGCCAAUCAGGGACCAGGAGGAAGCUGUCACACGGCCCGGCCUUCCAAGGCGGUACUUCCUGUGGUGGUGAUCUUCCAGGGGAGGGUGCCAUGGCCUGGUGGUGUUGGCCACCCCUGCAGAACCUCGCCCCUGAGUCUGCUGCUCUCCUAGAGCCGAGCCCCCAGGAAAUCCUUGAGAUCCGCUCUGCCUGGCAAGGGUGGGACCUGGCUGUGCCAGCCUGAUAUGUGAGGAAGGUCUCCUCCCCUGAUGCAAGUGGCACCUCAUCGGAUUGGAGGGGAGCAGUGGCCCCACCCAGGGAAAAGAUGGCGCGCAGGCCAGCCGAUCACCCCCAGAAGGCUGCAGAGGGGAAGGGACUGUGUAACCAUCCGUCCUGUCCACCCCAAGAAGACUUGCAGGAGCAGUGGGGAGCAGAUCGGAUUGGGGAUGGCAGGAGCUGGGGGUGGGGUUGGGGAGAGCAAAGGGCUGCUGCAGCUGGGGAGGGAUCAGGAGAGCCCAGAAUGGGGCAGGGCCGCCCAGAGGAUUCAGGGGGCCUGGGGCAAAGCAAUUUCGGGGGCCCCUUCUAUAAAAAACAGUUGCAACACUAUAGAAUACUAUAUUCUCAUGGGGGCCCCUGUGGGGCCUGGGGCCUGGCGCAAAUUGCCCCACUUGCCCCCUCCCCUGGAAAGCCCUGUAGUAGGGAGGUAAGUCAGGCUUAGGGUGGAGGGUGGUGUGGGGAGCAGAUAUAUAUAUUGACUCAGGGCAGUGGGGGGGGUGGGGUGGGACGAAGUGGCCAUUUUCUGUACCAUUUGUAUGAAGCCGGUGUGUGCCUCAGUUUCUCUCUGCACAUUGCCUUGCGGGCUGGUGGCUGUACACCGGUUAAUGCUGCUCCUAGCACAGGAAGUGGGUGUGUCCCCUCGCUGUCCGGGGGUCAGCAAAGAACAGCUUGAAACCAACCCAGCUUCCAGAGACGGAGCAAGAUUCCCUGAGGACUGAACGAUUGACGUCUGGUAGUGGGAAACCACAGAAAGCGGGAUGUGGGGACUGAGCUGGGGACCAAAGGGGAAAAGGCGCCGGGCAGCCGGGGUGGGAGGGUCUGAGCUGGGUCUAAGGGUGAAGAGACAGACGGAUCUAGCGGGGAAGUCCAUGACCACUGUUUUGGCUCAUUGAACAGACUCAACCAGGGAUGGACCAUGUCUCAACCUCUGUCUCUCUUUCCUAGCCCAAGCGCUAGCCGAUGCCGUGGGCUGGGAAGAGGCUGCAUGUGGCCACCAGAAAUACCUGCCUGGCUCAGUUGGUCCACUGCCAGGAGCAAUAGAGAGAUGGGGAUUGCCAGUGCCGAAGAGUCUUGGAGGCCUCUAUGGCUCCGUGUGGGUUCUUAGGCCUGGCACACUAAAUUUCCCACAUAUUUGGUUUCAACCCGCUCUUCUCUCCGUCCAUCUCACAGAGAUCCCAACUCAAGGGCCUUUCAUAGGUCCUUGCCGCUUUCCUUCUUUCUCCUCCAUUUCCCCCCACCUUCUAUAGCCCCCAAAGUGAAAGAAAGGAGAAAAGCAAGGAAAUUCAAUGCCAAGAACUUGGUGAACACUGAAAAAAAUCAAUGCUUUAUUCAGGAUUGACAAAUGCGUUGUGUUUCUGCCACAGGUUCCACCCCAAAACAAUCCCAAAGCAGAAUUCAGGUUGCAGGAGGAUUAGAUUUUUAUCUUUAAAUGUCGGUAAACGUUGAUUUCACAAUAAUAAUCAAAAUCAACAGCUAGGCAAGGUAAGGAAAACGCUGUUGGAGUAAUUACUAGAAUUUGAUUUAAGGCCAUUUACACAGUAUAUUUGGCCAUAUGCUGUUGACAAUUUGUGUUUUACUGGCCAUAAAGCUUUAACUUUUUGAAUCUCAGUGUCCACUGUCUUUAAAUAAUUAUUGUCUGUCCUCUUCCAUUGUCUGAUCCCACUCAAUUUCCCACAACUGUGAAAAUGUAAAUAGAUAUUUAAAAAAAAAAUAGGUUAAAGGCCAUUAUUUUGCAUAACUGUGAAAAUUGAAAUUUAUCAAAAUGGAAGAAAAUGCUUAAAAACAAACAUUGAUCGUA